GCGGAAGCGGAAGUGAUGUGCGCCCCCGUCCCGGCGGCGGUGGUGGUGAGGAGCAGGAGGAGGCGGUGGCAGUGGGGAGGGCCCCGCGAGUGGCGCGGCGGUUGCCGAGUAACGGUGGAAACCAGCUGGAGCUCUUUGCAUGAUGGCAGAAGCUACCGUCUCUCCCCUGAAGCACUUUGUGCUUGCUAAAAAGACCAUCACUGCCAUUUUCGACCAGCUGCUGGACUAUGUCACCGAGGGAGCAACUUUUGUGGAAGCCACAUACAAGAACCCAGAGCUUGAGCAUGUAGCAACAGAAGACGAACUAGCAAAAAUACAGGCAUAUAAAAACAAGUUAGCAGUCAUCGGUGAGGUGCUUUCACGGAGACACAUGAAAGUGGCUUUUUUUGGCAGAACGAGCAGUGGGAAAAGUUCGGUUAUUAAUGCAAUGCUGUGGGAUAAGGUACUUCCUAGUGGGAUUGGCCAUACAACUAACUGCUUCCUCAGUGUGGAAGGGACAGAUGGAGAUAAGGCUUAUCUCAUGACAGAAGGGUCAGAUGAAAAGAAGAGUGUCAAGACAGUCAAUCAGCUUGCUCAUGCACUUCACAUGGAUAAAGAUUUGAAAGCUGGCUGUCUGGUCCAUGUCUUCUGGCCCAAGUCAAAAUGUGCUCUGCUGAGAGAUGAUUUGGUUUUAGUGGACAGCCCUGGCACAGAUGUCACUACAGAACUGGACAGCUGGAUUGACAAAUUCUGCUUAGAUGCUGAUGUGUUUGUCUUGGUUGCCAAUUCUGAAUCAACUCUCAUGAACACGGAAAAGCAUUUUUUCCAUAAAGUGAACGAACGACUUUCCAAGCCAAAUAUCUUCAUCUUGAAUAACAGAUGGGAUGCCUCUGCAUCAGAACCAGAAUACAUGGAAGAUGUGCGCAGGCAGCACAUGGAGCGCUGUCUGACUUUCCUAGUUGAUGAGCUCAAAGUUAUUGAUCCUGUAGAAGCGAGGAAUCGCAUCUUUUUUGUUUCUGCAAAAGAAGUUCUGAGUGCCAGGAGACAGAAGGCCCAAGGAAUGCCAGAGGGUGGUGCAGCACUUGCCGAAGGGUUUCAAACAAGAUUCCAGGAAUUUCAACAUUUUGAGCAGAUAUUUGAGGAGUGUAUCUCGCAGUCAGCCGUGAAAACCAAGUUUGAACAGCACACUAUCAGAGCUAAACAGAUAAUAGAUACUGUGAAAAACAUUAUGGACGCCAUAAACGUAGCAGCAGCAGAGAAAAGAGUCCAGUCAAUGGAAGAGCGAGAAGAUCAGAAGGAUAGACUGGACUUUGUUCGAAACCAGCUGAACAUUUUGACAGAAGAUACUAAGGAAAAAAUCAAACGUGUUACCGAGGAAGUAGAAAAUAAAGUCUCUUCUGCCAUGACUGAUGAGAUUUGCAGACUUUCGGUUUUAGUUGAUGAAUUUUAUUCAGAUUUUCACCCUUCUCCUCAAGUACUGAAGCUGUAUAAGACAGAGCUAAACAAGCAUAUAGAAGAUGGUUUGGGAAGGAACCUGGCUGAUCGCUGUUCCAAUGAAGUCAAUGAGUCAAUGCAUCAGUCGCAGCAGGAGAUGAUUGAAAAUCUGAAACCGUUGUUGCCUUCUGGUGCCCAGAGUCAGCUCCACUUGCUAGUUCCUUGCAGGAGGUUUGACCUUAGCUAUGAUCUAAACUGUCAUAGUCUGUGUGCAGAUUUUCAAGAGGAUAUCAUGUUCCACUUUUCCUUGGGAUGGACUUCACUUGUAAACCGUUUCGUGGGUGCUAAACAAGCUCAGAAAGUGCUGUUGGGACUAGCAGAUCCAAACUUACAAAUCCCUCGUCCUUUAGCUACCACCCCAUCUACUGCCAGUCUUCCUGCCAUGACUCCAGAGAAUGUAUCGCAGGAUGAUUUUAUGGUUCCUUUGGUAAUGAGUUUAGCUUCACUGACAUCGCGGACCUCUAUGAGCAUCAUCGUUGUUGGCGGAGUGAUUUGGAGAACGGUAGGCUGGAAACUCAUCUCUCUUUCCUUAAGUAUGUAUGGGUUGUUAUAUCUAUACGAGAGACUAACUUGGACCACUAAAGCAAAAGAGAGAGCCUUUAAACAGCAGUUUGUAAACUAUGCUACUGAAAAGCUGCAGAUGAUCGUCAGUCUCACAAGUGCUAAUUGCAGCCAUCAGGUGCAACAGGAAAUGGCCACUACCUUUGCUCGGCUCUGUCAGCAGGUGGAUAUUACCCAGAAAAACCUGGAAGAAGAAAUUGCUAGGCUUUCCAAAGAAAUAGAUCAGCUGGAGAACAUACAGAGCAGCUCCAAGCAGCUGAGGAAUAAAGCCAUUCACCUUGAGAAUGAACUAGACGGCUUCACCAAGCACUUUCUUCAAAAGAGCAAAUAAAACAUUGUUGCCAACUUUCCCAGUGA